ACCAAAAUGUUAUUUCUUCCUUUUGAAGCAAGAUGGGAACACGCUCAAAGUGUAAUACAGAAGUUUAUAAAAAAUGCGAGUUCCUUUAAAACAAUUAGUUCAUUUAUAUCCAUUUGUAUUCAACAACCAGAAAUAUUAAUCACCUUUUACAAGAGUACAAAUCCAUUAGAAUCUGCUUUAUAUUUCACGACUGUAUUAAUCGUUUUUCAUUAUAUUAUUUCUGAAAUAACAAAAAACUAUAGUCAAGUUGAUAAAGCUUGGUCAAUUUUACCUUGUUUAUAUGCAUGGCAUUUUGCUAUUCAUGAUUAUACCUUACAUGGCUCCUUUCAUCCUAGACUUUUAACGGCUGCUAUCUUAAUUACAACUUGGGGUAGUCGUCUUACAUACAAUUUUGCUAGGAAAGGUGGCUAUUAUUGGUCAGGUCAAGAUUAUCGAUAUCCAUACAUAUUAAAGAAAAUAGGACCCCUCUUUAUGGGUCUACUUAAUUUAUUUGUCAUCGCUCCCUUUCAAAACUAUCUUUUACUUUUAAUCGUCACUCCUCUUUACAUGACGCAUAGUCUAUUCUCUAGUAGUUACUCACCUAAUCGUGCUUCAAAUCAAUUGUCGUGUCUUGAUUGGAUCACCGUAGUCUUGCAUUUAUUUUUUUUAACUAUUGAAGUCAUUGCUGAUGAACAACAAUAUGUAUUUCAGACCGGGAAACAUGCUUUAUUAAGUCAUCAUCUGAAGCCAGAACAGUUGGAAGGGGAUUAUAAGUUGGGUUUUCUUUGGCAUUCAGGCUUGUUUCAAUUCAGUCGUCAUCCUAAUUUCUUUGCUGAACAAGCCAUGUGGUGGACUAUCUAUUUGUUUUCUGUAUCUGCUGUACAGGAGGCAACAGGUUCGACUGAUUCAAGUUCGUACCUGAAUUGGACUCUCUUUGGCCCAAUCAUAUUAUCAGGUCUGUUCCAAGGUAGUACAUGGAUUACUGAGAAAAUUUCAACUGAAAAGUAUCCAGAUUAUACUCUUUAUCGUAAAUCUGUAAACAAAUUCAUUCCAUGGUUUCCUACCAAAAUGACCGAAACAUCUGAUAAAAAAGAAUUUUAAUAUGUAUGUACACAAGCGACGAUGUUAUAAUAAAUGACAGUCAUGUUGAUUCUCUAUUACAUCUUUUCUUUUGCUUUCUCUUUAUUUAUAUAUAAGACACAGUUUCAUUAUUUUUUUUAAAAAAAAAAAAAAACACAUUGAAUUUACAAUUUCUUAGAUUUAGCAAUGGCCUUCUUAAC